AUCAGCCUCCCCCUUCUUUCUCCUUCUCACUCAGACCGCACCCCGGAAAGAGAAAAGAACCCGAGAUAACAAUGCCACGAGAGUACGCCCCCGCCGACAGAAAACGCAAAUCCCACGAUAUCUCCGACGAUGCAGAUGCAGCAGCAGCAACAGCGCCCGGAGGAGGCCCGCGGAAGAAAAUCCACCUUCCCAAGAAAGAACACAAGUACCCGUCUGUGAACGAGCUCAAGAAACGGAUUCGGGAUGUGAAGCGUCUUCUCAACAAGACGGAUUUGCCGGCUGAUGCGCGCAUCGUGCAGGAGCGUGCGUUGUCGGGGUAUGAGAAGGAAUUGGAGGAUGAGUUAAAGAGGAGGGAUCGGUCGAAGAUGAUUAAGAAGUAUCAUUUUGUGAGGUUUUUGGACCGCAAAACCGCAACCAAAGACGUGAACCGGCUGGUGCGCCGCGAAAAGGAAGUCUCGAGUGCCGGUCCCGAUGUCAUGGAUGAGAAGACCAAGGAGAAGAAGCUUGCUUCGUUGGCCGGGAAGCUCCGAGUCGCUCGCGUGAACUUGAACUAUACGAUCUACUAUCCGUUGGAUGAGAAGUAUAUCGCCUUGUACGCGGAGCAGAAGAAGAAGGUCAAGGGAGAGGGUGCUGAGGAUGGUGGCGAUGGCGCUGACUCGGACGGUGAUGCGCGGUUUGGAAUGGUGCAUGCGACGGUUGCGGAUAAGCCGGCGAUGUGGCAUGUGGUGGAGAAGUGUAUGAAGGAUGGGACGUUGGACAUGUUGAGGGAUGGGAAGUUGGAGUCUGGGGCGAAGGCUGGAGAGAAGGAUCGGAAGAAGGAGGAGAGAAGUCAAAGGGGUGGUGAGAAGGCGAAGAAGAGCCAGGAGCGUGGGCUGUCGUCGUCGCAGACUGGGAAGAGCAAGGACAGGUCCAGGAAGGCGGAUGAUAGGAAGAGGACUAGGGGAUCGGCUGCUGAGGAUCAUGUCAUGCGGGAUGCGGGCAAUGAUGAUGGCGAGGAGAGUGAUGGCGGUUUCUUUGAGAUGUGAAAUUGCCGUGUGUCUGGGCUGGUUGAGCGUGAACGCAUUUUCUGGAGUUGGAGUUACAUGUCUUAUCUGUUUCUUUCCUGGGCCUUUCUCAUUGAAGUGUGCGGCUAUGCCCUUAUACGAUACCCAAUGAUCAAGUGUUUUCAACUAUCCGAGUUCCUACAAUAAAACGCUAGAGGCUAGAUGCUAAGAACCAG